AUGACGGUUUACCCAGAAGUCCUCAAGAAAGCCCAAGCUGAGAUCGACAAUGUCAUUGGUCCUGACAGGCUCCCCGGAUUCGAAGAUCGACAGAACUUACCAUAUAUCAAUGGCAUGGUCAAGGAGUCACUUCGAUGGAUGCCGGCCGUGCCAAUAGGCGCAGCCCACAAAGCCGACGAUGACACCUACUAUGAUACAUUCCAAAGGGAUCAUUCCUACUGCCGAACAUAUGGUGGUUCUUACACAACCCAGAAACUUAUCAAGACGCGGAACGUUUUGACCCUGAGCGUUACCUGGAACCCCGAAAUGAACCGGAUCCGGACAGUAACGCUUGGGGUUAUGGUCGUCGGAUCUGUCCGGGUCGACUACUAG